UUGAGUGUCUGGAAAAUUCUCUGCCCUUCUUGAAGCGCCUGUCAGAUGCCAGACUGCCAGACAACGUGGACCUGAAGCUUCAUAACCGAAAGCAUACACUCUGCGUGGAAAGUGUGUCCGGCGUACAACGGCAGCACGGUCUCAGUGCAGCUAGCUAAGCUGUAACGUGUGUUGUAUUUACAUUAGCAUUCACAAGUAAGUAAGGCUAGCGAGGAGCUUUAAGCAGCGUUAGUUAGCUAGCUAACGUUAGCGUCGACGUCAGUUUGGUUGUUUCUUGCUGCACUUGGCGUGGUUUGUUAAGUAAGUACGCUAGCUAGUUUUAGCCACCACCGCUGCUUAAAACAAGUGUAAUUGUGGUGCAGGUCAGAGGAGCAGGAGGUUAAAUCUGCUUUAUGACAAUGACUGCAGAGGAACAGACAAGUGAAGGACAACACACCAUCCCAAUGGAAGGAGAGGACAUCACACCAAAGAAAGACGGGGGCGUUUUAAAGCUUGUGAAAAGGGAGGGCACGGGCACAGAGCUGCCUAUGACCGGCGACAAAGUGUUUGUACAUUAUGUGGGCACACUUCUGGACGGUACUCAUUUCGACUCAAGCAGAGACAGAGGAGAGAAGUUUUCCUUCGAACUGGGCAAAGGGCAAGUAAUAAAGGCAUGGGACAUCGGCGUAGGGACGAUGAAAAUAGGGGAGCUGUGCCAGCUCAUCUGUAAACCAGAAUAUGCCUAUGGAUGUGCAGGCAGUCCACCCAAGAUACCCCCCAAUGCCACUCUUGUUUUUGAGGUGGAACUGUUUGAAUUUCAUGGUGAGGACAUCACUGAUGAAGAAGAUGGAGGAAUCAUCCGUCGCAUUAUUACUAAAGGGCAGGGAUAUACGAAGCCUAAUGAGGGAGCUUCUGUUGAAGUGACUGUGGAGGGUACCUAUGAGGGGCGUGUAUUUGACGAGAGAGAAUUGAAGUUUGAGAUUGGAGAUGGAGAGAACCUUGGCUUCCCAAUUGCUGUGGAGAAAGCUAUCAUGGCUAUGGAGCAGGGAGAGGAGGCCCUCAUCAGUGUUAAGCCUAAAUAUGGCUUUGGGAACGAAGGCAAUGCAAAGUAUAACAUCCCCGGCGGAGCAACACUGCAAUACAAAAUCAAGCUGACAGCCUUUGAGAAGGCGAAGGAAUCGUGGGAGAUGAACACGGUAGAGAAGCUGGAACAGAGCAGCAUUGUCAAAGAGAAGGGAACACAGUAUUUUAAGGAGGGGAAAUACAAGCAGGCGUCAGUGCAGUACAAAAGGAUUGUGUCAUGGCUGGAACGUGAAACUGGGUUGUCAGAGGAGGACGAGAAGAAGGCGAAAUCACUGCGGCUGGCUGCACAUCUGAACUUGGCCAUGUGCUUCCUUAAACUACAGGAGUCGAGCCAAGCCCUAGAAAACUGUGACAAGGCUCUGGAGUUGGAUGCAUCUAAUGAGAAGGCUCUGUUCCGAAGGGGAGAGGCACUGUUUGGGAUGAAAGAGUUUGAGAGGGCAAGAGAUGACUUUCAGCAUGUUGUUCAACUGUACCCUGCCAACAAGGCUGCCAAGAGCCAGGUGGUUCUCUGUCAGAAACGUAUCAAGGAGCAGCAUGAGAAAGACAAACGCACCUACGCCAACAUGUUCCAGAUAUUUGCAGAGAGGGAUUCAAAGAAAGAAGCCGAGAAGGUGAAGACUGAGAGCAAAGAGAACGGCGACGAUGCGAUGGAAGUUGAGAAUGGAGAAAAAGAAGUUGCGGGCGAAGCAAAGGCAUAGAUGAAGAUGUGACUAUUACAGCUCAUCUGUACUUUAGACUUUUGUAACUUCAGCCAUUUGUGUUUAAGGUGUGACUGUGUGUGUGUGGAUGUGUGUAUGAGGUGCGCGCGCAAGACUGAGCGUGUCAAAGAGAGCACUGACUUUGGGAGCGUCUUACUCUUCGCUGGCUUUCUUUGUAUCCGGGCUUUUUUUUUUUUAUUUUGCUGUGGCAGCUACCCGAGCAGGUGGGGCUUCCCUAGCUGAUGGCAAUGUGGGACGUGGUUUUUAGUAAAUGAAUUGUGUGCCACAAUCCCACCGCUGAACCCUCUCAACCCACAGCUUUGAACUGUGCAUGUGUUUUCACAGCGUUUUGGGUAGGAAAAAAGUGCAUCAAAGUGUUCCGUGCAGAAUUUCACCCGUCAAGGGCUAGACCAUUCACCUUGCACUACCCUCUGUCCUCUACCCCUCCUCAUGUCUUAUGCUAUCCAUCUAAUACUCCUCUCAUGGGCCUACUGAUCAAUUCUCGGAGUUGUGAUGGUUGCGUGCAUAGAUAUGAUGCGUCUGAACGUUAGAGUGCCUGUGUCCCAAAGUAUGUAUGUAGCAGCACUGUGGAGAAAUAAGACAUUAGCCUGGAAUAGCUGUCAAACUUCACGCUUCUCUCUCUCUCAGUCUAAAGAUGGAGCUCCCCUUUAGCCCCCAGUGUACAGGACUGUUGACCUUUGAAAAUAUUGACUUUGUACUUCUUCUUUUUUUUUCCUUUCUUUUUUUUCCAGUGUUGUGCUUGUGACUUCUGUAUUGUUCUCAAAAUGAUGAAUACAACCAAUUACUUAACUGGAAUUCUGUGCAUUUUAAAGCAGCUAGAAAGUACAUGAAUUAGCUUUUCCUGGACACACUCAAGUAAUAAACAGUCAAGUCUUAGUCUUAAUUUACUGUAAAAAAAAAAAAAAAAAGUACAUGUGUGAACGUGUUCAUGUACGGCUCAUCGGAUUCAGGCUGUUGAAGAUGGUACGCCAGAAGUGUGAGCCCUGUUCAUUGUCAGUGGACAGCACCUGUAGAGUGGGGCAGAAACUGAACUAGGGGGCUAAUUUAAAACAGGGCUGUGAGUUGUGUGUUGAGUUUAUCUCUGUCUUUUGGAAGGGUCACUGCUUGGUCUGCCCUGACAGAAAGAUGUAAUAAACAAUAGCUACAACUUGA